AUGUUCUCCAACUCCAACUCAACCUCCAAGGCAUCCUCCAAGGCCACCUCGCGCGCAGCCUCCACCCACUCCACCAUCUCCACAGCGCCAACCCUCAAUGGAGCCGACAUUUCCAAGAACCACAAGUGGUACUCGCUAUCCAGGUCCUCAAAGACUGGUCCCAGCCAUAAUGCCGCAACCCUCGAGAAGAAGAGAUUGCACAACGAAGCUCUUGCUGGGUACUUCAGCAUGCGCUGA